UCAACCAAAACCCACAAUAUGGCUUUCAAGUUUGUUUUCGCACUCGCCUUCGUGGCCGUCGCCAGCGCCGGCUAUGCGCCUCUGGCGGUGCCGCAGGUCUACCAUGCCAGUGCUCCGGUGGCCACCUAUGGUGCCCCCGUGGCCGUGGCCCAGAAGGUGCUCGUGAAGUCGCACGAGGAGUACGAUCCCCAUCCCCAGUACCGUUUCUCGUACGGUGUCGAUGACAAGAUCACCGGCGACUCCAAGAGCCAGGUGGAGGAGCGCGACGGAGACAUCGUCCGUGGCGAGUACUCCCUGAUCGAUGCCGAUGGCUACAAGCGCACCGUUCAAUACACUGCCGAUCCCGUCAACGGAUUCAACGCUGUGGUCAACCGCGAACCACUCGUCAAGGCUGUUGCUGUGGCUCCAGUUGUCAAGACCGUUGCUGCUGCUCCUGUGGCUCACUACGCUGCCCCUUCAGUGGCUCACUAUGCUGCCCCUUCAGUGGCUCACUAUGCUGCCCCUUCAGUGGCUCACUAUGCUGCCCCUUCAGUGGCCCACUAUGCCGCCCCCGCUGUGGUCAAGUCUGUGGCUCCAGUGGCCCACUAUGCCGCGCCAGCUGUGACGUACGCCGCUCCCGCUGCUCACUACACAGCCUACUCCGCGCCCGCAGUCGCCUACCAUCAUUAA